CUUCACUGAUAUUUGAAUCUUCCAAACAAUUUCAAUACCUGAGGAAUAACAUCUAACAGGCAAGCUUACAAUUACGGACUUCUUUGUAAUGGGAUAGCUGUUACUAUUAUACUCCGUAACUACACCCUUAAACACCGGAGCUGGGAAAGAGAACUACCGGGACUUCUGAUCCUACAUAAUAUCGAAAUUUAAAAGGCCGCAGAAGUCAGCCCUUAAAGAAUGGCGAUGAAAUCAAUACCAGCCAUGAGCUUUCUUCGAGCUGUUCGUCCCUUAGGCCGCAGAUCAAACACCCUAUUUCAUCCCGCUUCCGCCCGUCCCCUCCUCCGCCGCUCACUCAUCUCCGCACCAGGGCCGCAUUCAGGACCCCUCCUAAGCCGGCGAGCAGACCGCGAGCUUCCUUCAAUAAAGUCGGGCCGAAGGUGGCUCCGUACCUUGCCAAUUUUCUUCGUCGUCGUUGGCGCUUCCAUGCUAGGCAUGUUCAAUUACCAGAAAUCCUCGUCAAGCGUGGUGAAUAGCACCCUGUAUGCGUUGCGGGUAUCGCCCAAGGGAAGGGAACUUCUAGGUGACGAGAUAUACUUUGCGCAGAAAAUUCCGUGGAUUAGCGGGGAGAUGAAUCAGUUGCAUGGGCGGAUUGAUAUUUCGUUUUGGGUCAAGGGAACGAAGAGCAAGGCGAAGAUGAGGUUCCGGAGUAUUAGGGAUGGAAGAAAUGGAUAUUUCCGAACCGAAAACUGGACUCUUACACUGGAGGAUGGCACGGUAGUGCAGCUAUUGGAUGCAUCGCAAGGAGACCCUUUCCAAAAUGUGAUGUCUGGCGACACUACGACUGACUUGAAGACGUCGAUAUGAAAAAGGACAAUGUGCAUUAACCGGUGAGAAACGGUGCCUACAGUACCCUUUGCUUCAUCGCGUGGCGUUCAGGAGUUUUAUACAUAUCGGGGGUGUGCAUUUAAUGAGUGUACUGUACUAUAUAGCAUUGGGAUUUUUGGAAACAACUCAACUAGUAGCGAAAAUAACCAAAUGGUCAGAUCUCAAAAGGGAAGAACCAUCGACAUUUCUUUAAAAAAAGGAUAAAAAAAUAAAGUGAACCUAAUUUGAUCUAUUCGUACGCCUUAAACAAAAUAUCUUGAUAAAUUUUAUACAAUAAUACAUGAAGGGAAGAACAUUUAAACAUGCUUUAUAUAUCUCAACUCUCUUGUUUAGUUCCUCCGGCGCUUUGCUUCAGCGCAAUUUCUGGCCACGGCUUUUUGAUUGCAUCCUGCAAUUUCACGAUGCAGCCUUUCGG